GACAAUAAAAAGGAAAGGUGAAAACAACGCUAGCCAUGGAUAAGCUAACAACAAUAAGCGCUACGUUGUUUAUGGCCGCCGAUGUCUUUGCCAUCGUCAGCUUGGCGAUGCCCGACUGGAUUAUCACCGAGGAAGCUGGAGACAUUCGACUGGGCUUGAUGUGGACGUGCAUGACGCUCUACAACCGACCACAAGUAUGCUACACUCCCGAUUUGCAGCCAGAAUGGCUAAUUGCGCUCGUCUGCAUCUUUAUUGGUUGUAUUUGCAUCACGACGACAGUCAUACUGUUGGCGGCGAGCACUUGGGAUCGAAAUGUUAUUCCCUACGCUCGCUGGGUGGGAUUCGCAGCAAUGGUACUUUUUUGCUGCGCUGCUGUUGUUUUCCCACUUGGCUUCCACAUAGAGGAAAUCGGCGGACAAGCCUAUCAACUGCCAAAUACUUUUAAAAUCGGCAUCUCAUAUAUAAUGUUUGUGCUAGCGCUUUGGAUAACUGUUGUGUCUGAAUUGUUUGCGGGCAAGGUGUGUCUGCCACAUUUCUAGGCGUCCACGGAUAUCACUGAAUUAGACCUCCUACUCCCUAUGUAUGUGUAUAUCUAUUAGCAUUAUCUUUGUUUUUUAUUUAUUUGAUAAUUUAUGUAUUGUACAAAAGUACUUCUGUGAUUUUUAACCCAGAUUAGUUUUGUCUUUGGAAUAUACACCCAAGGUCCGCAUGUAAACUGUGGAACCUCUUUAUUUUCUAAGUUCAUACUUUGUAUAAGAUUAACAAUAAAUAUGUAUGCAUAUUGUA